AUGGCAACUCCUCCGCCCCCGCUGAAGAUCCCCGAAUCGACAAAUACGGUGCAGGUAUACAUUAUCGACACGACAAGCCAUAUGUGCAAGUUUCCUGCUGCCGGAUUCGUGGAGCCUACCAUCGCGGGAUAUACCGAGAUGGACUGCUGCGACUUCGCUUUUCUGAUAGAGCAUCCGAAAAGCGGAAGCAAAUACGAUAGUCUCCUCUUCGAUCUCGGAGUUCGCAAGGAUUGGGAGAAGAAUUCUCCAGAUGUCUUCCUGAAGAGUAUUAGGGACGGAGGAUGUUCGAUUGUAGUUCAGAAAGACGUGUCGGAGAUCCUGCAAGGGAACGGAAAGAAUCUGGCGGAGAUUGGCGGGAUCAUUUGGUCGCACUGGCAUUUCGAUCAUACCGAAAAUCCUCGUCUGUUUCCAUCCGAGACAGAUGUCAUCGUCGGUCCAGGCUUCAAGGAGGCCUUCACGCCUUGUUUUCCGACAGUGCCAGAUUUCCUGGUUGACGAGCGCCUGUGGCAAGGACGGACAUUGCGAGUGAUUGACUUCGGCAAAGAUGAGCUCGAGAUUGGAAGAUUCAGAGCGUUCGACUUCUACGGAGAUGGAAGUUUCUACCUCUUGGACGCGCCUGGUCAUACUGUAGGGCAUAUGUCGGCACUUGCGCGGACGACGGCGGAUCCUCCAACCUUUGUCUUGAUGGGAGGCGACAUUGCGCAUCACGCAGGAGAGUUUCGGCCUACUCAGUACUUGCCGAUACCGAAGGAGAUCAGUCCAAACCCUGUCACAGAGACGACUGUGCUGUCGCAAAACUUGCAACAUCUCAGGACAGUACCUGCAUGCCCGGGAGAGGUAUUCGUUAAUGUUCAUCCGAAGAAGAGCAGUACGGAACCAUUCUUCAAUCCAACGACUGCCGAAGGCGCGUGGCAUCUAUCAGCAGCCGAAGCAACUCGCAGCAUCGUGAAGAUGGGCGAACUGGAUGCCUAUGACAGCAUCUUCCCUGUCAUCGCCCAUGACAAUAGUCUGAUGGGAGUCGUUGACCUCUAUCCCAAGCCAGCGAAUAAUUGGAAGGCCAAAAGAUGGAAGUCGCGGAGUAUUUGGACGUUCCUGGGGUACUUUCACCUAUAA